AUGGUCAGUAGUCUUAGUGUUCUGGACAAGGUGACCACAGACGGUCAGACGGUCAGUAUUCUUAAUGUUCUGGACAAGGUGACCACAGACGGUCAGACGUUCAUGGUGGUGGUGAGCUUCGCGACCUUUAACCCUCCUAACUACGGGACAUACACGUUUCCCAUAUGGGCCAACAUGAUUGGCUGGUGCUUGGCUAUAUCCUCCAUGACCAUGGUGCCUCUCUAUGCCAUCUACAAGAUGUGCACCUUACCUGGAAAGUUCUGUGAUAGACUGGCCUACGCCAUUACGCCUGAGCACGAACACCACCUGGUGGAUAACGGAGAAGUUAGGAGGUUUACGCUCCAACACUGGAUGGUGAUCUGA